AUGAAGAAAAGUAAAGUGGGACUCCCACCAUUUUCUAAUUAUUCCGAAAUAAAGAAAAUUGAUGUUAGUCGGGGAGAAGAUUUUUGGAUAUUAACUGAUAAGGAUGAACUUUAUCAUUGGAGCACAAUUUUGAAAAAGCAUAUUUUUAUGGUAAAGGAAGUGUCUGACUUUUCUAUCGGAUCCGAUGGAACGGCCGUUAUCCUUAAGAAUAAUGACGAAAUUUAUAUUAGAAACUUGUUCUUUAAUUUAUGGUAUAGAAUAGAUGAUGGGAAUUACAAGCACAAAAGCAUUUCCAUUUGUGAUUCCAAUACAAUUUUUACAACAGAUGAACGUUCGGAUUUCAUUAUUGGUGUUUAUAAUGUCGCAGCAAAUACGUACAAUUGGGAAUAUGUUGAUAGACUUCACUAUUAUUACGAUGUUUAUUGUGCUCCUCGUGACCAUACUCCUUUAACAGAGACUCCAUUUAGACAUAUAAAAGUUCUUUCGGAAUACCACGCAAUUGGACUUGACUAUAUAAAUAAUUUAUGGGAAUAUACUAAUGGUACCUGGAUUUCGAUUAGAAGCAAUGUUAAAUGUGCAACUAUUAAUUAUGAUGUUAAUAAAGUAGUCGUACCUUUAUCAUCUCCAUUUCCAUUCCCCAUUGUCCAUAGAAUCAAGAAAAUUGAUGUUGGUCGAGGAGAAGACUUUUGGAUGUUAACAACUGAUGAUUUUCUUUAUCAUUGGAGUCAAAUUAAGCAAGAAUUUGUUUUUAAAGAUAAUAAUAUUUCAGAUUUUUCUGUUGGGCCAGAAGGAAUGGUUGUUUAUGUUAGUGGAAAUGAUGUUUAUAGAAAUUCUUAUUUUGGUGAUUCAUGGAAUAAAAUUAGUUAUGGAAGUUAUUCUCAGGGUAGAAGUAUUGCUAUUUGUGAUUUCAAUACAAUCUUUGCAACGAAUUAUAUCAACCAACUCGUUAAAGCCGUUUAUGAUAUUAAGACCAAUACAUAUGACUGGGAAUUCGUUGAUACCUCCAGAAUUUAUAGAUACGUUUCUUGCUCUUCCCAUGAUCAUUCAUUAUGGUACAUAGAUCAAAAUAAUCUGAUUUAUUUAUUUGUUAAUCAUUUCGUUCGAGUCCUUAAGUCAGAAGCUCAAUUUAAACAAAUUAAAUCGCUCUCUGUACAGCAUGCAAUUGGAAUUGAUUUCAAUGAUACCUUAUGGCAAUAUAAUAAUGGCACUUGGACUUGGACCAGAGAUGAUGUCAAAAAUGCAACUAUUAAUUUUAAUG